UGGUCAUCUCCUGUACUGUGCCCGCAGUCUCUGGUAAUCUCCUGUACUAUGUCCGCAGUCUCUGGUCAUCUCCUGUACUAUGUCUGCAGUCUGUGGUCAUAUCCUGUACUGUGUUCGCAGUCUCUGGUCAUCUCCUGUACUAUGUCCGCCAUCUCUGGUCAUCUCCUGUACUAUGUCUGCAGUCUCUGGUCAUCUCCUGUAGUAUGUCCGCAGUCUCUCUGGUCAUCUCCUGUACUAUGUCCACAGUCUCUACUCAUCUCCUGUACUAUGUCCGCAGUCUCUGGUCAUCUCCUGUAGUACAUCCGCAGUCUCUGGUCAUCUCCUGUAGUAUGUCCGCAGUCUCUGGUUAUCUCCUGUAGUCUGCAGUCUCUGGUCAUUUCCUGUAGUAUGUUCGCCGUCUCUGGUCAUCUCCUGUAGUACAUCCGCAGUCUCUGGUUAUCUCCUGUACUAGGUCUGCAGUCUCUGGUCAUUUCCUGUAGAAUGUCUGCAUUCCAAUGGUUCAAAAUAUAUGUUUUCUUGUUUUGUUGCGUCUUA